GGAGGGCGCCCCAGAGAGGUCGCGUGGCCGGCCGGUGAUUGUAGUCAAUCUGGUCAAAUCCUCAGCCUUACUCGCCGUGGGCGGACUACAUCUCCCGGGAUGCUCCGCGAUCCCUCACGGACGAUUGUGAAUAUGUAUCAGAAUGUUAAUGAUUAGCUGCUGCUAAAUUUGGUCAAAGAAGUCACCUACACAGAGCGUGUUGUUAGAGCUGUUCUGAGCGGGUGUUUGGGCUGUUGGCUGCUUUCUUCCCCCUCUCACACACUUGUAUAUUAUUUUGAGGUGGUGUUCGCAGAGUUUGAAAGGAGAGAGAAUUAAAAAAAACAGCCGCAAGCGUUUCACUUUUAUUUUUAUAAUCCCCUUCAAUUUGGGGUUAAAAAAAGACAAGAAAACAGGAAGGAAGAAAAAUAAGGAAAUGAGAUGUGGUAAAAGAAGCUAAAAGGUGCCUUUUAAAAGAUCGUUGCUGUGAAGUGAAAAAAAUCUCCAGAGAAACUAAAAAGCACCGCCGAGACCUCUUCCGAACCAAAGGAGUUUGUGUUUGCUUUUAGGAAAGAAGAGAUCAUUCAUUCGGAGGAAUAACAACCAAUUAAAAGACAAAUAAAAAGUUUGGAGUGGGGCGCAGAGCGAGCGAGCGAGCGAGGGAGCGGCGCUGCCGGCGGCCAGUCGGCUGCGGAGCUCGCACUUUCCCGGCCGAGCCGAGCGGCACGGCUGUGGCGCUGGGCUCGGCAGGCGCGCCUCUGCGGAGCGAACGUCGGAGCGUUGCCGCGGGAGACGCGCGCUGGACAAUGCCCGCGGCGGGCCAGUGACGCCCGCGGGGAAUGCGGAGCGGCCCGGCCGCCGGGACCCAGUCGCCGCCGCCGCGCGUUCCUCCCGGCCGCGUCACGCAAGACCCGGCGGGGGCCCCGACUGCCCGAGCCGCCCCUCGGACCCGGCCGGCCGUCUCCGCCGCCGCCUCCUCCUCGGGACCAUUAAAGCCAAUGAGCCGCGCGCCUCUGCCUAGAGCAGCCAACUAAAUCGGUUUGGAUGAUUCGCGACCUGAGCAAGAUGUACCCGCAGACCAGACACCCGGCACCGCAUCAGCCUGCACAGCCCUUUAAAUUUACAAUUUCCGAGUCCUGUGAUCGGAUUAAGGAAGAGUUUCAGUUUUUACAGGCUCAAUACCACAGCCUGAAGCUGGAAUGUGAGAAACUCGCCAGUGAGAAGACGGAGAUGCAGCGGCAUUAUGUCAUGUAUUAUGAAAUGUCCUAUGGGUUGAAUAUAGAAAUGCAUAAGCAGGCAGAGAUUGUCAAGAGGCUGAAUGCUAUCUGUGCACAAGUCAUUCCUUUCCUGUCCCAAGAGCACCAGCAACAAGUGGUGCAGGCUGUGGAACGGGCCAAGCAGGUGACCAUGGCAGAGCUGAACGCCAUCAUUGGGCAGCAACAACUCCAGGCCCAGCAUUUAUCACAUGGACAUGGUCUGCCGGUACCUCUGACUCCACAUCCUUCAGGCCUUCAGCCCCCUGCUAUUCCACCCAUCGGUAGCAGUGCCGGGCUUCUGGCCCUCUCCAGUGCCCUGGGAGGCCAGUCCCACCUUCCAAUUAAAGAUGAGAAGAAACACCAUGACAAUGAUCACCAAAGAGACAGAGACUCCAUCAAGAGCUCUUCAGUAUCCCCGUCAGCCAGUUUCCGAGGUGCUGAGAAGCACAGAAACUCGACCGACUAUUCCUCUGAUAGCAAAAAGCAGAAAACUGAAGAAAAGGAAAUUGCAGCUCGUUAUGACAGCGAUGGUGAGAAGAGCGAUGACAACUUGGUGGUUGACGUCUCCAAUGAGGACCCAUCUUCGCCUCGAGGGAGCCCAGCACAUUCCCCGAGAGAGAAUGGCCUGGACAAGACACGCCUACUCAAGAAAGAUGCCCCGAUUAGUCCAGCUUCUAUUGCAUCUUCCAGCAGUACUCCUUCCUCCAAAUCCAAAGAACUUAGCCUUAAUGAAAAAUCUACUACUCCUGUUUCAAAAUCCAAUACCCCAACUCCACGAACUGAUGCACCGACCCCCGGCAGUAAUUCCACUCCCGGACUGAGGCCUGUACCCGGAAAACCACCAGGAGUUGACCCCUUGGCGUCAAGCCUGAGGACCCCCAUGGCAGUACCAUGUCCAUACCCAACCCCGUUUGGGAUCGUGCCCCAUGCUGGGAUGAAUGGAGAGCUGACCAGCCCUGGGGCCGCCUAUGCUGGGCUACACAACAUCUCCCCGCAGAUGAGCGCAGCUGCGGCCGCCGCGGCUGCUGCCGCUGCAUAUGGCCGAUCACCAGUGGUUGGAUUUGACCCACACCAUCACAUGCGUGUGCCAGCAAUACCUCCAAACCUGACAGGCAUUCCAGGAGGAAAACCAGCAUAUUCCUUCCAUGUUAGUGCAGACGGUCAGAUGCAGCCUGUCCCCUUCCCCCCCGACGCCCUCAUUGGACCUGGAAUCCCCCGACAUGCUCGCCAGAUCAACACCCUGAACCAUGGGGAAGUGGUGUGUGCUGUUACCAUCAGCAACCCCACGCGGCACGUGUACACGGGUGGGAAGGGCUGCGUCAAGGUCUGGGACAUCAGCCACCCUGGCAACAAGAGUCCUGUCUCUCAGCUCGACUGCCUGAACAGGGAUAACUACAUCCGUUCCUGCAGAUUGCUCCCUGAUGGACGCACCCUAAUUGUUGGAGGGGAAGCCAGUACUCUAUCCAUUUGGGACCUGGCGGCUCCGACUCCGCGGAUCAAGGCGGAGUUGACGUCCUCGGCUCCUGCCUGCUACGCCCUGGCCAUCAGCCCCGACUCCAAGGUCUGCUUCUCGUGCUGCAGCGACGGCAACAUCGCCGUGUGGGACCUGCACAACCAGACGCUGGUGAGGCAGUUCCAGGGCCACACAGAUGGAGCCAGCUGUAUUGACAUUUCUAACGAUGGCACCAAGCUCUGGACUGGCGGUUUGGACAACACGGUCAGAUCCUGGGACCUACGUGAGGGGCGACAGCUACAGCAGCACGACUUCACGUCCCAGAUCUUCUCUCUCGGCUACUGCCCUACUGGAGAGUGGCUCGCCGUGGGAAUGGAGAACAGUAACGUGGAAGUGCUACAUGUCACCAAGCCCGACAAAUACCAGUUACAUCUUCACGAGAGCUGUGUGCUGUCGCUCAAGUUUGCCCACUGUGGUAAGUGGUUUGUAAGCACUGGAAAGGACAACCUUCUGAACGCCUGGAGAACACCUUAUGGGGCCAGUAUAUUCCAGUCCAAAGAAUCCUCAUCGGUGCUUAGCUGUGACAUCUCUGUGGAUGACAAAUACAUUGUCACUGGCUCUGGGGAUAAGAAGGCCACGGUCUAUGAAGUUAUUUAUUAAGGACAGAUCUUCAUGCGAACUGGACUCCUCCUUGUAGCACUUUGUUCUGUCAUCCUUUUUCCUGCCCUCAUCUAAAACCAAGGAUUCCAAAUGCUCAUUGCAGUUGUGGAGUUUAAUCCCCUUCCUUAACCUCACUUCCUACUUGCUAUUGAAUUGUGAAUACUCAUUAAGAACCUGUGAUACCAAAUCUUCAGCUAUCUACUUGGAAGAACAUGGGAUAGGCAUACUUAACAGUGAACGGAAUCUUUAAUUAUGUAUUAUAUCUGUAAUAUAUUUAUUUUGUUUAAAGAAGGCUUUCUAACAAUGACUGACUAAAUAAAGCUGUCUGCUCCUGCAUUGAUAAUGAAGAUGCGUCAUAUUUGAUACCCUUCCUCCCCCCUUUUUUUGGCAAAGGAGGGGAAAGGAAGGUUUAAAAGGAUUGGUUAAAAAAUGUCACUAAAUGUAGACUAAUGGCUGUAUAGAGAUGUGAAAUGUAUAAUUACACAUGAAGCAAUAUGUUGCUGUGAUGUUAAAUUUUUAGGUUUUUUUGUUUUUACCUUUUUUUUUUUACUUAUUUUAAAGAAGUUUGGGAACUUGGCUGAACAAUUAGAACAUGACAGGUCAAGUCAUAUUCAUUUGCAUCUGUUUGGACAAGUUUAACCGUAUAUCUAUAGCUUUAGUCGUAUUCUCUAAAAAUAAUUGGAUUUUUCUUUUAUUUUUUCUUCUCUUACUGACAAGUGUCUUUGUAAUAUGUUUUUAAUUCCUUUUUUUAUUGUAUUAUAGACAGAUGAACAAAUUAAUUGGCCUCCAAGAGACAACUUAAUCCCUGCUGGAUAUUUUUGCCAUGUUUCUUUGCCAAGGGAGAUGUGUAUCUUUGGGCAGUUUUGUCGUUAUAAGAAAUUAGGGGCUAUUUUUUGGCAUGUUCUUUGGGAACUGCGCAGAUAAGGGGGACGAUUCCUACCACUGUGCAAGCCCAGUCUUUUACAAAAGAAGGGGAGCAGAGGAGGACUUGCAAGGACCUCCCUCUGAAAAACAGGAAGAAUGGACUCUCACCUGGGAUGAGGACUUGCUUGCUUUAUCUCCGGUUCUUUCCGUGUCUUAAUUGGAUGUCCCUGAUACGGACACAGGCAGUGCCGUUGUGCCAGAAACAUCGUGUUAUCUUUUCUGUUGUUGUUGUUGCUGUUAAACUAUGAUAUGUGACUCCUUUUUUUAAUUAUUUUUUUGUUUGAAUGCUUUAAAAAACCUUUUAAGUCUGUGGAUCUGCUGAUGUACAGUGCCUUUGCUGCUAUGGAUCAAAAUCAAAAGAACCGUGUAGAUAAACUUUAUUGUAUAAGUAGAAAAGUACUUAAUUUCAUACUAGAAAUGGAUGGAUGCUGCAAGUUGAAAUGGACUGUCCAUUGACGUUCCUAAUGUGGUAGCAGAAAAAAAAAAUGGUGUCUUAAGUGCUCAGUGUUUGAUGUCAUUAACAGUUUCGUAAAACUCUACAGUGUAGAAAGAUUUUGAUACUAAACUGUGCAUUGUACAUAGUUCUAAUGCAUUGUAUUGACCACCAGUACUUCUAUAAUGGUAGAUUGUUUGUUGCAUUCAGACUUUUAAGCAUUAAACAUAAAUAACUUCUAGUACGCUUAUUUUUCUAAUUCUUUGUUUUGGUGGCUUUAGGUUUUUUUUUAACCUUUGGCCUUGCAGUGCCUGUGUAUUUAAAAUGAUGUGUUUUAUUCGAGGGAGACUGGUGUUAAAGCAAUGUGGGUUUUUUAUUGUUGCUGUUUUGUUUUCACUGGAGAGCAGCUAGAAGGGAUAGGAGAUAGACGUUAUCGAUGAUGGAAGUUGCUGCCAAAUACUCGUUGAGUAGCUGUUUCAUUUGAGAAAAUACUGUCUUUCAAAAUGUUGUCAUGCUACUCAAAACCUCGAUGCUUUAGAAUUGGGCUGUCCAGUAUGGUUACCACUUGGUAUUUGUGGCUAUUUAAAUUUAACUUUAUUAAUUUAGAAAUUCAGCUCAUCAGUCACUAUUUCACAUGUUCAGUAGCAACAUAUGGCCAAAGCCUGUAUUUGACAGCACACAUGCGCAGAACAUUUCCAUCAUUGCAGAAAGUUCUGUUGGAUCAGCUCUGCUAUUGAGCUGGCCCGUGGGAUACCAUUUCCAGCUUUUUGGGUUUAGGACACAUUUCCAACGUAACAUACCAAAGCCUUUGAAAGCACCAGGUCCUUUUGGCUGCUGUUUUUUAGAUGUGUGAAGAUUCAGUAUAAAGAGGAACUUAAAUUCUGAAUUCCUGGAACUCUAAAAAACUGACAUAAGGAUGCAUUGGGUAGGUGGGCAGCGGGGAUUGGGAGCACCGUUGAGGUCCAGGUUCAGUGAUGAGCUGGAAGAGAUAACUGACCCUGUAGGUCCUGAGUAGGUUAGAGUUGAGCAGUGCUUAUGAGUUGGAGGCAGCACCUCAGGUGUGUUAUGAGUGUUGCUAGUAAGUCCGUUCAAGCCAGCGGAAAAAUUAAAACUCAUAGUAAAUACAAGGCUAAGUGAUCUCAAAGAUACAUCUUGGGGCAGGAUGGCUGGGGGUGGAAAUAACAAUUAGUAUCUGCUCUGUUCAGAGCACUGUGCUGGCUUCUUUUACGUGUUGGUCACCUCUGCAUUGAUCACCUCAGCUCUUCCACAACCCAAGUUCCUAUAUGGUUCCAGAAACUUAGAAAGCCAAAGGGAAAAGCAGGUCUGAGAAAGGUACUACUGUGUUCAGUGUAUCUGUACCACACGGGAAAACUUGUGGCAUUUAGGUGGAAGGGGGCAGUGGUUAGCCCAAAUAAGACACACACAGCUAGCCUUAGGGACUGACACAGUGGACCAGACUUUGAAUGUUAGAGCAUCUGAUACUGGGUGGCUUUGAAGAGGGGAAGGUGGCGAUCCAUCAGAGAGCUGCAUCUGUAGGAUCUGGACAGUGGCGUCACUGUUGUCUCUUCUGAGAGCUUUGAUUCCACACCUCACGUGGCACAUGUAGGAGUCUGCCUUAUCUCAUGCCGUCUCCACACCUCUUGCCCCAGAGCAACCUUUUUCCCUCUACCACCCAGCUUGGUGCUUGGUGUAUAGUAAACUAAAACCAGUUACCUUGAAGUCUACUCCAACUCAUGGCUACCCCAUUUGUGUCAGAGUACAACUCUGCUCCAGAGGGUUUUCAAUCGCUGAUGUUUUGACAGUAGAUCACCAGGCCUUUCUUCCGAGAUGCCUCUGGGUGAAACUGAACCCUCCAACCUUUUGGUUAGCAACCAAGUGCAUAAACUGUUUUUACCACCCUGGGACUCCGGUGAAGAAGAAAUAACUUAGGAUGUUUGCUGAAUCAGGGGGAGGGUCAGCAUAGAAAUGUAAAUUCUUUUCAUUUUUAAAGUAGUCAUAGCUCAGUUCCUGUGUAUUCUUUUUAAGGAUUUUUAAAAAGUGAUAGAGCUUUGGAGUAGAAGAGAAAAAUCAUUUUGGCACGAGUAUGACAUGUGUUUACUAAACAUCUCAAGGGAGGAAGUGCCUGCCCCAGGGAGUUAAAAUUCCUGUUUGGUGCCUGAUAGCUCAACUCUGUGUUGCCCUUCAGUUUUCUCUUUAGAGAAAUCCAAAACAUUAGAUGUUGAAUUGGAUUUAAAAAAAAAAAAAAAC